AUGGCAGCCACCGAUGCUUUACCGAAGACGCUCAAGUCAAUCACGGAAACCAAACUCAAGGAGCUUUCAAAACAGCAAGCUCUGUUUGAAUCCCGGAAAUCAGCAGUUUAUGAAGAAGCUGCAAAACAAACGUCCCUGGAAGAUAAAGUCCGAGUGCUUCUUGAAGGGGUUACUCGCCUUAAGGGCUUUCCAGAUGACGGGCUUGAUACGACUGAUAAAGAAGAUGAUGCCGUACUCCGGUCCGGCGGUGAUCGUGUUUCCGCUCGGCACGCCUAUUGGAAUAUUCGCCGUGAUCUUGUGCAGAGAAAGUUUGACUCAUCCAUAUCCGAUGCAAAACUGAAGCUGUUUGAGGAAGAGUUGCGCAAGCAGUUGAACUUUAUCAGUGCUAAACAUGAACAUGCGUUGUUUUUCAAUCGCCUUGUGACUGAAUGGCUAACGAAUCCUCGCAAUCCCGUCCCUGAAAUCGCUAAAGAUAACAAUUCGGAUGUUUCUUACGAACAGCUUGAGCGAAAGGAAGCUCAUGAGCAACGCACGGAAUGGGAACGACUCGUGUUCGAGCCUCGCCAGACUGAUAGUGCUGCCAUCGAAGGCUACCUUACAAAACUCUUUGGGCAAUCGAGACUGUCUGAGCAAGCACUGAAAGACCUUCGAAAGCGAGUGAAACUAUCGAGUAAAGACUUCCUGACCAAAGACGACCAUUUCACGGUUGACAGUUUGAAAUGGGUUAUUAGGGGGGUGAUCAGCAAGGACAUCCUAUCUCCCAACAAAGUUACUAUUCUUAGGGAAUUCCUGGUUAAUGAUGAGGUUGCACAGGAGGUUGCUGAUGUUCUGAACGUUCGAAUGGCUCAGUUGGAUACGUGGUCUUGGAGCGGCCAACCGAUCAUGGUGGAAAUGCGACGACAUUUGAACGGAAAGUACCGAGCUUAUAUGGACGAGGAUAUUCUGGAUGCCAUUUUCCUCCACUACAUCGGAGUCAAGUGGAGCAUCACAUUCAAAGAGCUUUUUACCGCGAUUAUUCAUUCCCACGGUUGGAAACGCCAGUCCAAAAACAUCCCAAAAGACGAUCUUGAGCGGCGAAAGUACUUUUUAUACGAGGAGGAUGGGGAGAACCGGGACAACUAUAAUAUCGUCGGAGAGAGGAGAAGAGCGUUUUUGGAAACGUAUUUUAUGUGCCAGUUGCCCUCGGACGUUGAUUCGAUACCCGUCUACAACGAAGACUCCCAAGCCGACGAUCAAAAGAAAAGCUUCGUCGACCUCAAGCACUCGUUACUCCAUCUCGUCAUGGCCGAAAUAUGGCUUAACAAGGCGUUAUAUGGGGAAGUCACUGUGGUUCAAUCCGACUUCAGAUGGUUCGGCCCUUCACUGCCUCACACGACUCUCCUUUCAGUGUUAGAGUUCUUCCACGUUCCGAAGAUUUGGAUCGAUUUUUUCCGGCGUUUUCUUGACACUCCACUGAAAUUCGUACAAGACGGCGAUGAUGGCCCUGUGAGGAUAAGAAAGAACGGAGUUCCUCUGAGCCAUUCGAUAAGUGAUUGGCUUGGGGAAGUGACGCUUUUCUGUCUCGAUUUCUCGGUCAAUCAGAAUGCAAAUGGACUCUUACUAUAUAGAUUACAUGACGACUUUUGGUUCUGGGGGCAGGAGCAGGAUUGUGCCAAAGCCUGGAAAUCUGUCAACGAAUUCUGUGACGUUAUGGGCCUUGAGAUUAACCACGAAAAAACCGGAGCCGCCCGCCUGUACCUCAACAAGAGUCACAAGAAGGAGUUCUCAGAUGAUUCAGAAAGUGAUUCCAACGUCGACCAAAGGCCCGAUUCUUCGACUGUCUCCGUGACUGAACCCGCUUCUCUGCCACGCGGAGAUAUCCGAUGGGGAUUUCUCAAAUUGGACGAAAGCACUGGAAGGUUCGAGGUUGAUCAGAGCCAAGUGGAUGUGCACAUUCAGGAACUACGGCGUCAACUUGCUGCGUGUAAAAGCACGUUCAGCUGGGUCCAGGCUUGGAAUACCUAUAUGGCAAGGUUCAUAAGCAAUAAUUUUGGGAAACCGGCCUUCUGUCUCGGACGACCGCACAUAGAGAUGGUACUUUCCACCUUGAAACGCAUCGAACGUGAGCUAUUUGCUGUCGACGGGGAUGCCUCACCCGGCAGUGCUGCUGACUACCUUCGUCUUGCGAUCGCGAAAAAAUUCAACCUCUCUGAGCUUCCGGACGGAUUCUUCUAUUUUCCAGAGGAAUACGGUGGUUUAGCUUUGACGAACCCAUUUGUUUCCCUCAUUUCUAUGCGCGAAGGCAUCAAAACGACCCCCGAGAGAAUCCUUCGAGAUGCAUUCAUUGCAGAAGACAAGGAGUACGCCGCAGCGAAAGAAAAAUAUGAAAAGCAAGGCCCAAACCGAACCUCUUUGGGGCUUAUUAGUAGUGCUACGCCUCGGUCUCGCUUUUCAUCUCCUGGCACACAAUUCAUGUCUCGGGAUGAGUAUGUGAAGCACAGUGAAUCUACAAGUCUCUACCUGAAACGGGCUUAUCAGCUGCUUUUGCAGCAACCCGAGGAAGUGUCUGCUGCUUUCACGCCGGAACUGCAGAAUGCGAUUUCCAAAAACGAAGCAAUCAAAUCCUUGCCGGUUGACUGGUACUCCAUGUCGUCGUACUCUAAAAGCAUCGUGGAUUUGUAUAGUUCGGGCAUGAUCAAUAAGUAUGGCUCCCUCGCUGCAGUGGAGGAUAAGACUUUGCCUCUGGGCGUAGUGAAAAUCCUCAAGCGGGAAAAGCACUUCCAAAAAUCGAGUGACUUGACGGGCUUGAAAUACUCUACUCGCCGCGUCCUGCAGGACUUCCAAGAUGAUGGAGUCAGGUAUUUGGAACUCCGGACUACUCCCCGCGAGAGCCAGAAAUAUGGCGUUUCAAAAGAGCAAUAUGUGACGACAGUCCUCGACGUGAUCGAAGAAUUCAAGAAUGACCGCAUGUCAACUUACCUGCUGCUAUCCAUUGACAGAACCAAGUCAGCGACCAACGCCCUUGAAGUGGUCGAUCUGGCCAUCAAGUAUCAGCACCGAGGGGUGGUUGGAGUAGAGCUGGGAGGCGACCCAUCAAAAGGCGAUGUAUCAAUAUUCGCGAGCGCCUUCAAAAGGGCCAGGGACCAUGGCCUGCACAUAACAUUACAUUUCGCGGAAACAGCAUUUUCCGCUUGUUCGACAGAACUGAAAACUCUUCUAUCAUUCCAACCAGAAAGGUUGGGCCAUGUCAUCCACGUUCCUGAUAGUUUCAAGGAGGAGAUUGCACGCCGGAAACUCGGACUCGAGCUGUGUUUGUCGUGCAAUGUUCAUGCGAAAUUAAUCCAAGGCGGGUUCCCGGACCACCACUUUGGGUACUGGCGAAAUCAAGAUUGCCCAGUCAUUCUUUGCGUGAGACUUCCCGCCACGUACUAG